GAAAGCAUCCUUCUUCUUCUAGCCAGAGACGUACAGAUAACUGAAGCAAUGGGGUUGCAGUGUACGACCAUACAGACCUUGAAACUGGCUGCAGUUCCCAUAUCUCGUUCUUCUUCUUCUUAUUCUUCAAGCUAUUUAUGCAGGGCAAUGCCAAAAGCCCUAACCCUAGAAUUGUUGUCCCGCCAUAAUCGAUCUCAAAAGCCUGCCUUUACUCUCCUCGCCAGAGCUCUCUCUGUGCAAACUGCUCCUGCCACGGAGAGCUUUGAUGCUCAAGUUGCAAGGCCACAGUGGAAGGCUGCUAUCGAUUUUAAGUGGAUAAGAGACAACAAGGGAGAGGUUGCUAUUAAUAUUAAGAACAGAAAUUCCAAUGCUAAUUUGAAGCUUGUACUUGAUCUAUAUGAGAAAAUGUCAAGUCUUCAAAAGGAAGUUGAGAGGCUUAGGGAGGAAAGGAAUGCUGUAGCAAAAAAGAUGAAAGGAAAAGUUGAACAAUCUGAGCGCCAAAAGCUUAUAGAAGAAGGAAAGAAUUUGAAAGACCAGCUCGCGACUUUGGAUGAAGAACUCGUUAAACUUAAAGAUGAACUCCAACAGGAAGCUCAGUGCAUGCCCAAUAUGACUCACCCUGAUGUCCCCGUUGGAGGGGAAGAUUGUUCAACAAUAAGAAAGAUGGUUGGUAGCCCCCGUGAGUUCAACUUCCCUGUCAAGGAUCAUGUCCAGCUCGGAAAAGAACUGGAUCUCUUUGAUUUUGAUGCAGCUGCAGAGGUUAGUGGUUCAAAAUUUUACUACCUGAAGAAUGAAGCUGUUAUGUUGGAGAUGGCCCUAAUAAACUGGUCACUCUCAGAGGCUGUAAAAAGGGGCUUCACACCAUUAACAACCCCAGAAAUUGUGAGAUCCUCUGUUGUGGAAAAAUGUGGCUUUCAACCUCGUGGAGAAAAUACCCAGGUUUAUUCCAUAGUGGGUAGUGACCAGUGCCUCAUCGGCACUGCAGAGAUUCCUGUGGGGGGAAUUCAUAUGGAUUCCAUUAUUGCUGAGUCAUCAUUGCCUUUGAAGUAUGCAGCAGUUUCCCACUGUUUCCGUACUGAGGCAGGUGCAGCUGGUGCGGCAACAAGAGGUCUUUAUCGAGUUCAUCAGUUCAGCAAGGUGGAGAUGUUCAUUUUGUGCCAACCAGAGGAGAGUGAGUCUUUUCAUGAGGAGCUCAUUAGAAUUGAAGAAGACUUGUUUGCAUCACUAGGAUUGCAUUAUAAAUCUUUGGAUAUGGCCACUGAGGAUUUGGGUGCACCUGCUUACCGUAAGUUUGAUGUGGAAGCAUGGAUGCCCGGUUUAGGUCGGUAUGGUGAGAUAUCUAGUGCAUCAAACUGUACAGACUACCAAAGCAGACGACUCGGAAUCAGGUAUCGUCCAUCAGAAUUACAAUCAACUAGCCCGAAAAAGAGUAAAGGAAACCUAGCUCCAACACAGUUUGUGCACACGAUAAAUGCAACAGCUUGUGCAGUUCCCCGGAUGAUUGUAUGUUUACUGGAAAAUUAUCAGCAAGAAGACGGUUCCGUUAUAAUCCCUGACCCAUUGAGGCCUUUCAUGGGUGGUCUCGAGUUGAUAUCACCUAAAUCCGGAUAGAUUUUGUUCUUUUUCUUUUUCUGUUGAAGAUAAGUGGAUUUUGUUAUUACAGUUUGAUCCCACUCUUUUGGCAAUAAAUUUUGUCCAGUUAAUGAAUUAAGAGUGGGUACAAAAAGAAAGAAUGAGUGAUGAAGAAACAAUCAUCUGAUCCUAAAAAUGUAUUUUUUCAUAAAAUUCUCACUGAUUGAGUUUUUCUCUUCUC